AUGGCGCCGAAGCACUAUUUUUCAGAGGCGGCUGCCAAUAACUUAGUGCCUCGAGCACUUCGCUCCCUCGUCGCCGCAAACCCUCAUCUCAUCCUCAACGAACCUGAGAGAGUUGUCGCCAAUGGCUACCACGACCCUUCAAAAGUCUCCAUUAUCAGCGGUGGUGGCUCAGGCCAUGAACCUUCAUGGAGUGGUUUUGUAGGCGAAGGUCUGCUAUCUGCAGUAGCAUGCGGUGAUAUCUUUGCGUCACCAAGCACAAAGCAGAUCUUGGCCGCUAGAAGACUUGCACCUUCGACCAAGGGAACCAUAUUCCUGAUUACUAACUAUACUGGAGAUAGACUUCACUUUGGUCUUGCUGCUGAGAGGUCAAAAGCGGAUGGAUCUGGUGAAGAUUAUCUUGUCCUUCCUGCUACUGAUGAUGUUUCUAUUGGUAGGGGCAGAUCUGAGCGUGUUGGGAGGAGAGGAAUGCCCGGUCAUGUGUUUACGAUGAAGAUCCUUUGCGCUGCAGCCGCAGAGAACUGGUCUUUCGAACAAUGCGUAUCCCUCGGCCGAGCCGUCAACGAUCAUACAGUCUCAAUUGGUUCGUCUUUAGACCACUGCCACGUUCCCGGCCGACAAUACCAAAAGAUUCCCGAUGAUGUCUGCGUUAUCGGAGCUGGUAUUCACAACGAGCCAGGCCAACAACUUGUAUCUCCCUUCCCACCUGUCGAGGAAGUCAUCAAGUCCCUGUUGGACCUGCUCUGUAACCAGAACGAUAAAGAAAGAGCCUUUUGCAAAUUUGGUACCGAUGACGAGGUCUUACUACUUGUCAAUAAUUACGGCGGUCUUUCCAAUCUUGAGCUUGGCGCUUUGUUAGACGAGAUUCAACAGCAACUUGAUUCAACGUGGUCCAUCAGGCCAGUUCGAUGCUUGUCGGGGUCCUUUGAGACAUCUUUGAAUGCCCCCGGAUUUUCCAUCUCACUAUGCAACAUAUCUGCAGCUGCAAAGCAGUGCCAAUCAACAACAUCCACAUUACUCGAGUUGUUCGACCGACCCACGACCGCUGUUUCCUGGCCCAACCUUGUCAGGCCUUCACCAAAGCAAACUCCCACUGUUCAACACCAAACGAAUGGCCACGUCAACGGAAAGGUUACAGCCGCUUCUACAGAAAAGUACGAUUCAGUGGACCCACCAGUGCUUGAGGCUAGUAUCCGAAGAGCUUGCGAGAAAGCCAUCGCUGCUGAACCAAAGCUCACCGAAUGGGACAUGAUGAUGGGUGAUGGAGACUGCGGAGAAGCCGUCAAGGGCCUCUGUGAGUCUGUUGUUCACAAACUCGACGAAGGUGUUGCCACAUCUGGUUCCGUUGUAUCUUUUCUCGAAACAAUCACCGAUACUGUUGAUAACAUGGGUGGCACGUUGGGAGCAAUCUUGGGUAUUCUCCUCACAGCUUUCAACAACGCCCUGAAGCGUCAAUUGAUAGACCAAGCUGGAAAAGAAGGUCUUUCUGAAACAUACGCCUCUGCUCUCAACACAGCCGUUGAGUCACUCAAGACGUGCACCACGGCAAGAGAAGGAGAUCGUACUGUUAUGGAUGUCCUGAUACCUUUUACGGAUGAGCUUGUCAAGACCAAAAGCUUUGGAAUGGCAGUUUCAAAAGCGCAGGAAAAGGCAGAAGCUACGGCGUAUCUAAGACCAAAGCUUGGAAGGGCUUUGUAUGUUGGUGAGGCGAGUGAACAGCAGGUACCUGAUCCAGGAGCAUGGGCGUUAUAUGAGAUGUUGUCAGGAAUGCAAGAGGUUUUAGGCAAGGUCUAG